AUGUCUGUGUCUGUGUCUCUGUGGUGUGAGGAGGAACAGGGCCAGGCCAGGGGCCAUUCACAGCUCCGGGCCCCCUGGGACCCCAGUGUGUCUGGGCAGCGGAUCAUCCAGAGGCUGCUACAGGUGGAGGAGAGAUAUCUGCCCUCCGCCCUCUACGUCGCCCUCAUUCAGAGAGAGCCGGAGCGAGAGGAGCUCGCCAAGUGGGCUAUGGAAGUAUGCUGUGAGCGUGGCUGUGAUGAAACAGUGUUUCCCCUGUCUGUCUCUAUGUUGGACUGCUUCCUGUCUGCCUCCCUGUCUCUCCCUGUCUCACCCUACUGCCUGGCUGCAGCCUGCAUCCUCAUCGCCUCCAAACUAACAGAGUGUGACACAAUCUCUGCUGACUCUCUUUGUGCUGCAGCUGAGUACAGCUUCCUGCCCUCCAACAUACGGGAGAUGGAACGUGUCAUCCUUGCGACUCUUCGAUGGGACGUUGCUGUGGUAACCGCUCAGGACUUCAUUCCACAUUUCCUUCCCCCUGUAGGGGAAAGGAAGGAUGGAAAGACAGACACAGAGGAGUUCUUCUCCACACUGCGUCGGCAUAGUGACACCCUGGUUGCCAUGUGUGUCUGUGACUACCGUUUCCUGGGAGCCCCUCCAUCCCUGGUUGCUGCGGCAGUGCUGAACUCUGCCCUCCGGGGUUUGGGCAAGAAGGGUCCAGGUCAUCUGGGUCAUAUGAGUGCUACACUGGCAGAACUGUGUCAGACUGACCUGAUGGUGUUGCAGUGUUACAGUGAAUUGAUAGAAGCUGCCCUCAAACAACGGCUCAGAGGUGGACUCCAAGACAGUGCCAUGGAGAAGGAUGGAGAAAUAGAGGAUGAAAGAGCAGGCACUCCUACUGAUAUGAGAGAGAUUGAUUUCUAAACACUAAAUUGUGUGAGACAAAGUGCAAAUCAAUCAAAGUCCUGCAUGUAGCUCAUCAGUGAAACUGAUAUAAACUCUU